AUGAGUGAUCUCCUGAACUACAUCCUCAACAAUGAGGAUGCAUUUCGAAGAAACCGCCUCCCCUCACUCUACUCCGACUUCACCCUCCAAAGGAAGACCAACCCCGAUGGCUAUGCCGUCAACAUAGCCGCCUGGGAGCAAGCAUUGAACCGAGCCGCCAAGCGUGGAUAUACGUCCUCGAGAGGUGUGCGCGUACGAUCGGGAUCUAUUGGAUCACCCAAGAAUACAGACGAGAACAAGAAGAAGACCGAUCACCUCAUUCUCCGAACGGAUGAGUCGCUUUUGCGAGACUUGGAGUUGCCAGAGUGGGGUAGGCCAGUGGCACUGGGUGCUGUGUUUGACGAGGCGAUGCGCAAACAUACUAUGAUUCCCUUGCAAGUGUACAAGACUAGCGGAGCGAGUCUACAAAAGGCUCAGUGGAGACUUAUCGAUCCCGGUGCGCUGAGUCCGUGGAACGUGAUGAGCUGGGGCGUGCGGCAGCUGAAAGGCUUCGUUGUGGGCUCUGAUGGCGAAUCUGCGCCAAAGCUACAGGUACAGGAAUUGGUAUUGGUGGAGAACUUGCAGGAAGCGGCAGAUUUGAUUGUGAAGAAGGCCACUGCUAGUAAUUCAUCCAAGCUGGAUCUGAUCUACUCUAAAGAUAGCUUCAUUGAGGAAUUCGCCUCCAUAUUGCAUGAUGCCACUGAAUUGUCAGAUUCCGAUUUUGACAUCCUUUUGCUUUAUUUGUCCCGCGAUAGUAGUGCUAUCGCAUAUGAUGGCAAGACCGUGAAGUUCAAGUCAAAGGACGAACCAGCACAGAUCACGCAGCAAGAUAACACGAUUGCCUCGAUUAAGACACUCUUGUCAACGCUUUCGAAGCAGGUGAAGAACCUUGAAGAUAAAGUUGCCGAACUGACUGCAUCUGCGAAAACGGCGCUGGCCAAUAAGAAUCGCAUCUCCGCACUGGCAGCCGUCAAGUCCAAGAAAAUGGUCGAGCAUAACCUCCAGCAACGGCUGAACACACUUGUCCAGCUCGAGGAAGUUUAUGCCAAGAUCGAACAGGCUGCAGGACAGGUGGAGAUUGUGCAGGUCAUGGAGGCCAGCACUGGUGUCCUUCGUGGGUUACAUGCACAAAUCGGCGGAGCUGAGCGUGUCGAGGAUGUGAUUGAGGAGUUGCGUGAAGAGAUGUCUAAGGUGGACGAGGUCGGAAGCAUUAUGAACGAGGCUGGACCUGUCUUCGAUGAGGGUGAAAUUGACGAGGAGCUCGAGGCCCUGGAGAAGGUUGAUCGGGAGGCAAAGGAAGAGAAAGAAGCUGAAGCCACUCGCAAGAAGCUUGCCGAGCUGGACAGUCUCAAGCAAGCCUCAGACGAAGCCGCGCACCAGGCGCAGGCAGAAAAAGAUGUGGAAAGCCAGCUUGCACAGAGCAUCGACCGGCUUUCUCACAUGACGGUCGACGAUCGCCCAUUGCCCGCCAACUAG